AUGAAUGAGGGAACCUGCUCCGUGUGUGCAGAGCCUGCGCUCGCCAGUCUCAUGGCUCGGCAGGACGGCGAGGACGACGAAGCGAUUCUCGCCACAGAGGGACUGGCCGAAUGUGAGGAGCUGUACCAGAUGGACAAUGCGAUCGAUCCCGAGGCACGAGCAGAGUUGGAAAGUGGCAGCAAUGCACCCUCACUAAACUGCCGUUGGAUUGUUUCCGAAUUGCUGGACCUGGCUGUGGAUAAACUUAUCAAACCGCAUCUGCCCCCCAAGGGCAUUCAAGGCCGAGCCGAAAACGAUUGUGAUCGUGCCCGUACCCUCCUCGCCCAAAUGCCAAAGUCGCCAAAGGGAGACACCCCAACUCAGAUCGACAGGCCGCCGACAGCCAAGACCGCGACCGAGAUGACGGUUGUUGACAUCUGCAAGAAUAGUCCGUUGAACCCACCCUGCACAACGGUUGAUGCCCCUUACGGCGAGUGUGUCACCGUGCCCGCGGAUUACCAAAAUCAAAUCUCCGGCGUUAAGCCGCAUAAAAGCUCGGCCGUCUGCAGAUUCUACAGCAAGGCGACCUGUAAAGGCCAAUAUUUUGAAGUGAAUAAGGGUACCAGCCUGUGGAGCGAAAAGCCUGCGGACACCAAGGGCACCGAUCUCCAACAGCCACCCUCAGCUUUCAACGAUAAGGUUGCCUCGGUCAAGUGCAGCCCGGAGGAACCUGCGCCGCCGCCGUCCAACUUGCGCUGGAUAUGGUCAUCUAAGACCCAGCCGGAACUCUGCGCGCGUCUAGAUCAGCUGUCUUUCGUUUUUGAGAUUGGUGACGCGACUCGCGCCGGAACAUACGACAGAGUCAAGAUGGACUUUGGCGGCGCAGGCGUGGCCCCCCACGUCAUCGCCGACAAGCCUGCGACCAGCGACAAGAUUUCCUCCACCAUUGACAUGAUGAAGACGUUUGGAAAGAAGACGGUCGCGUUAGACAGCAUUCAGACAAUCCGGAUCCUGGAUCAAGAACUCAACUUCCAGUCUGGAGACGGGUGGGAUCUCAAGGGCUUCAAGCUCCAGGGACGAUGCGUAGGCUCAGGCCUCACAGUCUACCUCGACAAGUUCUAUCCCGUGGAUAAGACUCUCCAGGUUGACACUAAUGGGGACAAUAGUGACCCGUACAGCAAGGACUGGGAGGUCUGGUCCGGCGACGUCAAGGUCGACGACUGGGUCACUCGCCCCCUGUGCAGCCACUUUAAGGAGAUGCGCGUCUACCUGCACCUGCAGAACUGGAACUAUGCGGGCACUAACAACGCUCUCUACGCCAAUGUUGGCCAAGGCAAAUUCCUCAUCGCCGACAAGCCCUCGCUCAACCAAGAAUUCAACGCGCCCGUUGACCUCCAAAAGGCGUACAAGGGCAAGGAUGUGGCCGUGACCAAGGUUGGCAACGUUGCCAUUUCAAGUGAGGGCGGCAAUGACGCGGCGGCACCCGAAGAGGUAACUGUGUUUGGCGAAUGCGCAGGCGCGGAAGGCUCUAAGGAAACGACACUGUCUGUGAAGCAGACGUUUUCAGAGUGGCUCUAUGACGGCAAGAACUUUACCGUUGACAUUACUCCUGACAAGUGGGUCAAGGCAUAG